CACCCAAACAGCCUUUAUCUCUCUACCUAUAUUCAAUUGUGUACCUCGUUUUUUAAACGUUGGAAAUAUUUUUUUAUUUCUCCUGUUCUCUCUCUAUCUCUAAUAUAUCUCUAUCUUUCUCUCUCUAUAUUAUCUAUACAGCUUUUGUUAUCUAGCGUAAAGACACUUCUUCAAUCCGGAACCGCCCUCCGACUGAGAGACCGUACCAUUUUCUUCUGUUGCUUUCGGAUCAUCUCAGAAACAGAGAAGCUGGAAUAUCUGUUUUCCGGGUCGCAGAACAUUGGGAUCUUCUUCACCGGUUAAUCUGAUCCGACCCGGCCGGUAAACGCUCGGGCUUGCGGGUCAUGACUCGGAGGUGCUCGCAUUGCAGCAACAACGGGCACAACUCCCGGACCUGCCCGAACCGAGGGGUGAAGCUGUUCGGUGUCCGAUUGACUGAUGGGUCGAUCCGGAAGAGUGCUAGUAUGGGUAACUUGACCCACUAUGCCACUAACGGUGGCGGUGGCGGCUCCACUCCCAAUAAUGGCGCCGCCCAUGACUCCCCGGAUCACCCUGCCGCCGUCGAUGGGUACGCCUCCGAGGAUUUCGUUCCUGGAUCUUCCUCCAGUCGGGAAAGAAAGAAAGGUAUUCCAUGGACUGAAGAAGAGCAUAGAAUGUUUCUUCUUGGUCUACAAAAGCUUGGUAAAGGAGAUUGGCGUGGAAUUGCACGUAAUUUUGUGAUUACAAGAACUCCCACACAGGUUGCAAGCCAUGCUCAAAAAUAUUUUAUCAGGCAAAGUAAUUUAUCAAGGCGUAAAAGACGCUCCAGCCUAUUUGAUAUUGUUGCGGAUGAACCAGUCGACACUCCAAUGGAAUCUCACGAUUUCAUGUCAAUCAAUCAUCAUGAGACGGAUGCACAAACUGAUAAUCCACUAUGUGAUCCACCUCCUCCUAACCUGGUCGAAGAAUGUGAAUCCAUGGGUUCAGCCAACUCCAACAACGAUGGAGACACCAUGCUUCCCAUCUCAGAGAGCUCCCCAUACACUUACCCAGUCAUAUAUCCCGCUUACGUGACCCCUGUAUAUUCUUUGCCCAUUCCUUAUUGGCAAGGGUAUACCUGUCCAGAGCCAACAACCAAGGCCGAGCGGCACAAAGUGCUCAAGCCCACGGCAGUCCAUUCCAAGAGCCCUAUUAAUGUGGAUGAGUUAGUUGGGAUGUCAAAACUGAGCUUGGGAGAACCACCAGCUGUAUCUUUGAAACUAGUUGAAGGGUCAACAAGGCAGUCGGCCUUCCAUGCUAAACCUCCUACCCACAAUCUGAUCCAUGCUGUCUGAGGCUAUAAAUCUAUAAUUAGUGUGUUGUUUGGUUUAUAUAUGGUUAGUCAUAACUUCAUUUGUUGGAAUAAUAAUCUCUAGGAUGGGAUUUUAGGAAUCAUUGACUAUUAAGCUUUUUGAAGCAUCUUUCUUCAUCUUUGCAAUGCUAUAUUAUUUCUCCGGG